AUGAACACGAUGGCACACGCUGUGGACAUUCCCGUCACGAACUUGGAUGAAGACGAGGAGGACUUCUCCCAGGAAGAGCUCGACCCGACGGUUCUUCGAGAGGACAUCGACUUCAACGAUAACGUGUUGCAUCGUGAUAGCUCCUUCAUGGGCAAUGUGUGGAAUAAGCUGUCAAGCUGGACUCAGAAGUCCUACACACGUGUUCCUGGGUCCCAUGUUGAUCUGAGAGACGAUGAUUCCUUUGACCUCAGCGAUGAGCAGUUUGUACUGAGACGACAGAAGAGUGUGAUAUGGGCCCAUAUCCUGCGCAAGUCCAAGAAAGGGCUUGUAUAUGCUGUUCUUGUAGGGCUGCUCGUUGCAGUGAUUGUGCUCUCUGUGUUAUUGGGCAAGAGAGGCUCCAAAUCAACUGUUCCGUCAAAGGCAGUGCUCUCGAAUGGGACAGAUAUGUUCUACCCAACCACCAUAUUCAUCUCCCUGGAUGGGUUCCAUCCUCACUACAUAUCCGAGAAAUUGACUCCAACGCUUCACAACCUGUUGUUGAACGGCUACGGGGCGCCUUAUAUGAUACCGUCGUUCCCUUCGUCUACUUUCCCUAACCAUUGGACCAUGGCGACGGGACUAUACCCACAGUACCAUGGAAUUGUCGGCAAUAGGUUCUAUGACCCUGUGCUGGAGAGAGAGUUCAUCAACGUGAUUCCAAAGAAGUCUCUUGACCCUGUCUUCUGGGGUGGUGAGCCUAUCUGGUCGACUGCUGAGCUACAAGGUGUGAAAUCAGCUAUCCAUAUGUUCCCAGGAAGCGAGGUUGUUUUCCCUAAGGGAAACCCUUCAGAGAUGGAUAGAUAUAACGGCACUGAGCUGCUAGAAAUCAAAACUGAGAGGGUGCUGGGAUGGCUGGAUCGUCCAUUUGAACAGAGACCAGAACUUAUAGUGGCUUAUGUGCCUAACGUCGAUUCUAAAGGCCAUGCCAACGGCAUCAAAGGUGAAGAGCUAGAGAAGGAAUUGACAUAUGUUGAUGAAUUUGUGGGUAGCAUACUCCAGGGUGUUGAGGAUAGAAACGCCACAGAUAUCAUCAACGUUGUCAUUGUCUCAGACCAUGGGAUGUCACCAACUUCUAAUGAUCGUUUGGUGUAUUUGGACGAGAUCGUCAAUGUGACAAAGAUCCAGCACAUUGAUGGCUGGCCAUUGUUCGGUUUAAGACCUUUUCCAGAGUAUACCGUGGAGGAGCUCAACGAGGAGUUGAAAUCAACCUUCAUUGAGGACAAUGGUUACAAGUUCUAUCUGCGUGAAGACUUGCCUGAGGAUUGGCACUUUGGUGGUGAUCCAACCAAUGUGAAUCAUGACUUCUAUGAAAGAGUUGCUCCUAUCUGGGUCAUUCCUGAUAUUGGGUUCUCAAUAACUACACACGAUGACAUGGAUCGCAAGAAUGGCGAGUAUCGCCCAAAGGGUGUCCAUGGUUAUGAUAACAAGGAGGUUUUAAUGAGAGCCAUCUUCCUCGGUUCUGGUCCUUAUUUUAAGGGAAAGAUAGCUCAAGAGAAGCCGUACAAGGUUAACCCGUUUGAGAAUGUUGAGGUUUACGGUAUACUCUGUGAUAUGCUGAAUUUGAACCCUGCUGAGAACAAUGGAACGAACUUGUUUGUAUCAGAGAAUGUUCUGCCAGAGGAUUGGAGAGAUGAACAAUCUUAUCCAGGUGUCAGUUUCAACGUUGGAGGUUUCAUCAAGGAAGACUCCACCUACGAUAUACUCUAUAGACCUCAGCAGGAUAGAGAAACC